GUUGGAUCUGUGCGUCGAGACGCGUCGAGACUAAGCGACGGUAAAGCGCUGUGUUUAAACGACAUCGAUGGACGAUCGUGACUCGACGCGCCACACCAAAGGUGUGUCAUCAUCAGCCUCCAGCUGCAGACGGGAGGAUCGUGGGACGUGACUGACGGGUCGAACCUAUGGCAGAGCAGCAGCGCGACACAGGUCCCUUUGUGUGAAUCUACCAUGGGCCCUGUGCUCUGUCAGAUCCUGGUCCUGGGUAUGGCUGUAAUGAUGGCCCAUGCGUGCCCCAAGUACUGUGUGUGCCAGAACCUCUCGGAGUCACUGGGGACCCUGUGCCCGGCCAAAGGCCUGCUCUCCGUGCCACCUGAUAUAGAUCGCAGCACUGUGGAGCUCCGGUUGGGGGGAAACUACAUCCUUCGAAUCACACAACAGGACUUUGCCAACAUGACAGACUUGGUGGACCUUACACUCUCCCGCAACACGAUAAGCUACAUACAGCCCUUUUCCUUUGGGGACCUGGAGACCCUCCGUUCUCUCCAUAUGGAUAACAACCGUUUGGUGGAGUUGGGCCCUGAUGACCUGCGAGGGCUGGUCAACCUGCAGCAUCUCAUCCUCAAUAACAACCAACUGGGUCGUAUCUCCGAUAAGGCAUUUGAAGACGUUGCGGCAUCGCUUGAGGAUCUGGACUUGUCCUACAACAACCUUCAGGCUCUGCCCUGGCAUUCAGUCCGGCAGAUGAUCAACCUGCACCAGCUGAAUCUGGACCACAAUUUGUUGGAUUACAUUCCCGAGGGGACCUUUGUGGAUCUGGAGAGGCUGGCCCGCUUGGACCUGACGUCUAAUCGGCUCCAGAAGCUUCCGCCGGAUCCUAUCUUUGCCCGAGCACAGGAUUCUGAGGUGAUGACCACGACGUUUGCCCCUCAACUCUCUCUCAGCAUAGGAGGAAACCCACUUCACUGCAACUGCGAAUUGCUUUGGUUCCGGCGUCUGGAGCGAGACAAUGACCUGGAGACUUGUGCCUCACCUCCCGGCCUGAAGGGCCGCUACUUCUGGAACGUUCGGGAGGAUGAGUUUCUGUGUGAGCAGCCACUGAUUACUCAGCACACCCACCGCAUGCUGGUUCUGGAGGGGCAGACCGCCAGUCUACGGUGCGAAGCCAUCGGAGAUCCCACCCCAACCAUACAUUGGGUCACCCCUGAUGAUCGACUGCUCGGGAACUCCUCUCGCACUGUGGUGUACCGCAACGGGACCCUGGAGAUCCUGAUCACCACGUCCAAGGACUACGGGACCUUCACUUGCAUUGCAGCCAACCUGGCUGGUGAAUCAACUGCUUCAGUGGAGCUGUCAAUUAUUCAGCUACCCCACAUAAGCAAUGGCACAGGCCAGGCAUCGCAACCCAAGUCCCGCCUGUCAGACAUUACCGGCAGCUCCAGGACAAGUAAAGGUGCUCCCAAGAGCCAGCCAGAGAAAGCAGUAUCUGUGUCUGAGGUGACCGCCGUGUCUGCCUUGGUCAGUUGGUCUGUCAGCAAGACCGCUCCCAAAGUGAAAAUGUACCAACUACAAUACAACUGCUCAGAUGAUGAAGUCCUCAUCUACAGGAUGAUUCCUCCCUCCAGUAAGGCCUUCCAUGUCACCAACCUGGUAUCUGGGACUCUGUAUGACCUGUGUGUGCUGGCCGCCUGGGACGACAGCGCCACCACGCUCACUGCCACUAAUGUGGUGGGCUGCGUGCAGUUCUACACCAGGGACGAGUACCCGCAGUGCCAGUCUCUGCAUGGGCAGCUGUUGGGCGGCACCAUGAUCCUGGUGGUGGGCGGCGUGAUCGUGGCCACGCUGCUGGUGUUUAUCGUCAUCCUGAUGGUGCGCUACAAGGCGGGGGACGGCGGAGGGGGCGGUGAAACCCCUGUCAGCAAGCUGAGCAACGUCAGUGAAACACACUCUCAAACCAAUGGAGGGAGGCUGGGCCAGAACGGAGUGCCUCUGCUGGCACCCAAGCUCAAGCCUAAAGUCAGCAUGCAGGACGAAGUGGUGGAAUUCAAGUGUGGUUCGCUCCAGAGCAGCUUGUCCUCUUCCUCCUCCUCUUCCUCCUCGGGUUCAGCAGAUCCCACGCCCUACAGCCCCAACAGUGCCCUCGCCAACAUUUGGAGGUCCGCGCCUCCUAAGCCUCGCACCAACUUAGACCAGCUUCUAGGGGCCUUCACGUCGCUGGAGCUUCGGGGCCAGGGCAAGGAGCCACGUCCGUCCGGGGGCCCGGCGAGCGCGGCUGCUGCUUCGGCCCCAGCGGGCCCUACUGACAAGGAGCCUCUGUUGGGUCGGACGCUGGACUCGCGGCUUAGCAAGCUGCUCAUGUUGCCUCUGGACUCCAAACCCAAGAGGAGCCACUCGUUCGACAUGGGCGACUUCACAGUGUCCACGGCGCAGCAGUUGUGCUCGUACCCGCGCAGGAUCAGCAGCAUCUGGACCAAACGCAGCCUGUCGGUGAACAGCAUGCUGCUGCAGUGCGAUGAGGAAGGGGACAGUGGCGGGAGCAAAGGCACCAGUGAGAGCUCUGAGUGGGUUAUGGAGAGUACUGUAUAGGGGCCGAAACGUACAGGAAGAGAGACAAUAUAAACUCCAUCCUGCAUGACUCUGAAUAUAUAUAUUUUUUAUUGUUGUUUUUCGCCUUGCCAUAUCCAGAACAGAUGCAGCAUUAAGGGGGUGAAUUCACGAAAUGGUUGCACCACUCUAGAUGCAGUUUUUCAGCACAAAAACCUGUCAAAUCUUUCUAAUGACCCUUGGUUUUCAGCAUGCCUAAUUUCUAAGUAAAGUAGACUCAGUGUAGCUUGCACCCUAUUCACACAAUUUGCCUGCUGCAAUUAAGCCCAAAGUAUACUUUGGUUUUUACGCAUACACGAGGGUCCGCGUACAGUGCGUGAUGCAAAUUUCGUUACCGGAAUACCGAAUAGUA